AUGCGUUGCAGGCUUUCCCUGUUAUUCACUCUCCUGGCAAUUACCGGCUCAAACAUAAUCCCAGGGCUGGCUGGUUCUACUGAGGCCAUCGCCAGGGCUGCUUUUGACAAGUCAGUGUCGGACGUCAUCACCGCCAAGAAAGGAAUACUAAAUGCCACUGAGACUGCCUUGGGUGAUGUGGCGAAUGCGGCCAUCAAGAUAGUGACCAAAGGCGGUCUGGUGUUUAUCAAUUUCGUGACAAGGAUCACCACAUUCUCAGUGAACAAUUUCACCAGCCCCUACCAGCAGCAGUACAUUGAUGGCAUCAAGGCAGUCAGCCCCCUCAUAUUCCAGGUGACAAUCAACAGCGUGCUGCCGGGCAGUGUGCUGGUGAACACAACAGUGACCACGCCAGCAAACAACACGGCGAAUGUCACGGAUGCAGCCGCCGCCGGUUUCAAUCAGACGCUGCCUGCCGACAUCUUUGGGCAACCCACUGUGACUGGUGUGACUGUUACAGCUGCUGCAGCCCCUGUACCACCACCACCACCAGGGCCACCCUUGGCGGCGGGGGGCCUGUUCAUCGACGUGGUCGCGGGAAGAAUCACGGUCCUCAAUUCCAGCGAGCUGUACAGCCAGGCCGGGAGGAGCUGGCUCCCUACAGGGAAACUCAUCACCGCCCGAUACGCCUUCAGCAUGCUGCGGCUUUCCCCCGGCUCCGCUCUGGCCCUCGGCGGCGCCGAACUCAUGCCUGACAACUCUGCAGUCAACCUUGAUUCCUCAGAGCUCUACAGCGCGGCCAGCGGCACGUGGGCGGCCACCGGCAAUCUCAAUGUGCCGCGCGUGGGCCCUGAGACCGUUCUGCUGCAAGACGGGCGCGCGCUGACGGCCGGGGGGCAGGUCUCUACGGCGAACAGCGGCGGGACUGUCUACUUGGAUUCAGCGGAGCUGUACAAUCCCGUAACGGGCGCCUGGGCCGUUACGGGCGCCAUGGCCGCGGCCCGCGCGGGCUUCCAGACGGCCACUCUGUCCACCGGCGAUGUCCUGGCGGCGGGAGGCACAACUACCGGUUUCGGCACGCUCAGUUCCAGUGAGAUUUACAGCCCCUCCACUGGGCUUUGGUCGCCCACCGGCGCUCUGACUAGCCCCAGAGUGUCCUUCUCGAUGGUGCUGCUGCAAAACGGUAACUUGCUGGCGGCCGGGGGAGUGAACGGCGCAACGACCCUAGCGAGCACGGAGGUUUACAACCCUUUCUCGGGGACGUGGACAUCUACAGGGCCCAUGACAACCCCCCGGGGCAGCUUCCAAAUGGUUGGCUUGCCCAAUGGCAACGUCCUCGCAGCAGGCGGCAGCAGCAACAGUAAUGACAUCAACGGCGAGCUGGCCUCGGCAGAGAUCUACGAUGUGGCUACCGGCACGUGGACGGCCACCGGCAGCAUGGCAACCAAGAGGUCAAACUUUCAGAUGGUGCUGCUCGCGGAUGGGACGGUGGUGGCAGCGGGCGGCAUCGUUCAGAGCCCCACCUACACUGCCUCAUCCGAGAUUUAUGACCCGGCCUCCGGCACCUGGUCUACAACGGGGAGCCUGGGACAGGCCCGGGCAUUCUUCCAAAUGGUGGCGCUUUGA